CUGUUUGACCGGAGGCUGUGCUCCCCCCAGGAGGUGUGCGUGCAGGAUGGGCUGUUUGGGCAGUGCCAGGUGGGCUCCGUGCAGGACAGACCCUACUUCCAGGUCACCUCUCCCGUGCUCCAGCGCCUGCAGGAUGUCUUGCGGCAUCUCAUGGCACAAGGGCUCUCGUGGCAGGACGGCAUCACCCAGUAUGUGAUCUCGCAGGAGAUGGAGCGCAUCCCCCGCCUCCGCCCGCCGCCCUCGCUGGAGCCGGCGGCCAGGGACAGUACCCAGCUGGGCUACGAGGAGGCUCUGCUCAACCCCUACUCCUACCACAAGUUCGGCUACCAGGACGGUGCUCACCAGCUCCCCGGCAGCUCAGCCAGGCAGAGCCCUGAGACCUCCUCGCUGCUGGGCCGGGUCCCUGCCCAGGCCCUUUUUGGGGCUGGCCCUGUGCCCUCCUAUGGCGGGCAGCCAGGAACGGAUGGGGGGCAUCUCUUCCAGGACUUGGGCAUGCUCUCCCUGCCCAGAGAGAAAGCCGGCCGCCCGGGCCCUGCUGGCACCAGGCUCCAGCACAGCUUACGGCUCCCCAGUGACUACAGGGAUAUGGAGGAGAGGGAGCAGCCAGUGCCCCUGGCUGCCCAGCUACCCCCUGCACAGACAGACGCUGCCCUGAAGAGACUGGCCUCCCUCCUGGCCAGCUACGGCCUGGGGCUGCCGGAGCUGAGCCCCCAGCAGCUAAGCAGCCUCUCCACCCUUCUCCAGCUGCUCCAGAGCUCUGGUGUUGCUGGCCCUGAAGUGCCUACAGCGAAGAAGAAACGGGUGUCUGAGGGGGAUAUGCAGCACGGAGAGGAGCCAGUGCCCCCUUCCUCCACAGCCCCGCCCCCCAAAAUCCCAGCCACCAGCUCCCCAGGGGACAGGCUGAGGGGCAGGGCAGCGUCCUCGCCAGCCCCCCGGGCAGAGCCGCAGCGGGGGCAUAGCGGUGACACACUCAGCCCUGGGAAGCCGAUCGCAGUGGAGAAGAAGAGCUACACAGAGGCGAAGGAUGGUGGGGCACAGCGGGGCACACGGCCACCGGACGAGUACGGCUACAUCGUCACGGACCAGAAGCCCCUGGGGCUGGCCGCCGGCGUGCGGCUGCUGGAGCUGCUCGCCAAGCGCCUCCACCUCUCCACGGCCAGCUUCAUCAACAUCAGCGUCGUGGGCCCCGCGCUCACCUUCCGCAUCCGGCAGAACCCCCAGAACCUCUCGCUGGCGGACGUGGCCAGCCAGGCUGAGCACGUGAAGGCAGAGCUGGAGGCAGAGCUGGGCCUGAAGGUCGUGCAAACAGGAGUGGGAGAGCGAAAUGAGGCUGCUGCCUACUCACGCCCAUCCCGCUUCGGGGACGGCUUCCACUCGGUGCUGCUGACCUUCAUCGCGCUGGCCUGCGUGGCGGGCAUCGCCAUCGCGGCCGCUGCAGCCUUCUGCCUCCGGCGCCAUGCCAAGCAGCGGGAGAAGGAGCGCCUGGCCUCCCUGGGGCCUGAGGGCGCUGCCGACACCACCUUCGAGUACCAGGAGCUGUGCCGCCAGCACAUGGCUGCCAAGUCUCUCUUUGGCCGUGCCGAGGCACCGGCGGAGACCUCGCGGGUCAGCAGCGUCUCGUCCCAGUUCAGCGACGCCCCGCAGCCCAGCCCCAGCUCCCACAGCAGCACGCCCUCCUGGUGCGAGGAGCCCGUCCAGUCCAACAUGGACAUCUCCACUGGCCACAUGAUCCUGGCCUAUAUGGAGGACCACCUCCGCAACCGGGACCGGCUGGCCAAGGAGUGGCAGGCUCUCUGUGCCUACCAGGCUGAGCCCAGCAUCUGCUCCAUUGCCCAGAGCGAAGCCAACCUGAAGAAGAACCGCAACCCCGACUACGUGCCCUAUGACCAUGUGCGGAUCAAGCUGAAAGCCGAGAGCAACCCAUCCCGCAGCGACUUCAUCAACGCCAGUCCGAUCAUCGAGCACGACCCGCGGAUGCCAGCGUACAUCGCCACGCAGGGGCCGCUGUCCCACACUAUCGCUGACUUCUGGCAGAUGGUGUGGGAGCACGGCUGCACUGUCAUCGUCAUGCUGAGCCCACUGGCCGAGGACAGCAUCAAGCAGUGUGACCGCUACUGGCCUGACGAAGGCUCCUCUCUCUACCACAUCUACGAGGUGAACCUGGUGUCGGAGCACAUCUGGUGCGAGGAUUUCCUGGUGCGCAGCUUCUACCUGAAGAACGUGCAGUCGCAGGAGACCCGCACCCUGACGCAGUUCCACUUCCUCAGCUGGCCGGCCGAGGGCAUCCCCGCCACCACCCGGCCCCUCCUUGACUUCCGCAGGAAGGUGAACAAGUGCUACCGGGGUCGCUCCUGCCCUAUUAUCGUGCACUGCAGUGACGGCGCAGGCAGGACCGGGACGUACAUCCUCGUCGACAUGGUCCUGAACCGAAUGGCCAAAGGGGUGAAGGAGAUAGACAUAGCUGCUACGCUGGAGCACAUCCGAGACCAGCGGCCUGGCAUGGUGCAGACCAAGGACCAGUUUGAGUUCGCACUGACGGCUGUGGCCGAGGAAGUGAACGCCAUCCUGAAGGCGCUGCCGCAGUGAUGGCGAGGAGCCC